CCUUCCUUACACCUUCCUCCUCAGUCCUCACAACUGCUCCAUCUUCUACUCCGUACUCCAUCUUCCACAUUUUCCCACAAGUGUGAUCAUCAAUUUGAUUUUGAAUUUCAUGUCCAUUGCAGAAGCAAAAUUAAAGCUCAAUUAAAUACUUGGGCUACAGUGAAAAUGGCAGGUGGAAAUGAAGCAUUCAGAAUAUGUGGUAGUGUAUCCGAAGCAUUGAGUUACAUGCCAUGUCCCCUGCAAUACACUGAGCCUAACACUAAGAAUGAUCUAUGGGUAUUCUGGAGCCAACAACACUGCUUACACUAUUAUCUAUCAUGAUACCAUCAAGGAGAAAAUCACAUCCGCUCUCAAGAAUGCCUACAUUUCUGACAACUUCGGAUGCUGGUUGGUUCAAUUUUGGGCGCCUAUAACCACUAACAAUCAGAUUUUUCUAACAACUUGUGACCUACCUUUUGGUCUUACGAAACUCCAUGGACUUUGUUUUUAUAGGUCAGAGUGUCUGAAAUUUAGAAUUCCUAUUGUAACUGAUUGUUCUGACAAUGAGUAUCACUUGGCCCUAUUGGACGCGUGUUCAAACAUGGUUUGCCUGAAAUGAGUCCAGAUGUUUCUCGUUAUUCUGCCAAUGAUUAUCCUCAGCAUGGCUUGGCUUCAGCUGCUGGUUUUGGGAACUAUUUGGCUGUACCGGUUUUUGAGCCUCUUAAUAAUCAGUGCAUUGGAGUACUUGAGAUCAUAGGAGAUAAGGGAAGCUUCUCUCAAGACCUUGUUCAAAUGGUCUAUGAGAUGCUCAAUAAGGUGGACUUGAGAUCAUCAAACAUGUAUGGCCACCCCGACGAGAAGGAUUUUAAAGGCCUAGCACGUGCCCCGAAAGAAAUUGAGGAGCAGUUAAGUUUUAUAUGCAGAACACAUCAAUUACCUCUAGCUCAGACAUGGCUACCUAUCCUUGACGGAAGCAGCAUAAAAAGAUUCAUGACUACAAAGGAGCAGUUCUGCAUAUGCACAUCAGCAGGCUACGAGUUCAGAGCUGCUUGUGAUAUGUUUCACUUAGGGAAGAGUCAGGGUGUUGUUAGUAAGGCCUUUUUAACCCGUAGUUCAUGCUUCUGCAGUGACAUCACACAGUUAAGCAUGACUGAGUACCCCUUGGCACAUGUGGCACACAGAGUUGGAUUACAUAGCUCGUUUGCUAUAUGUUUGCAGAGUUCCUACACAGGGGACUAUGUAUACCUAUUGUAGUUCUUUUUACCCCAAGAUAACAAGUCAGAUUGCAGGAGUCCACAAACCAUAUUGAAUAUGCUAUUGGCCUCAGUGAAGCGACAAUUUCGAAGUUUCAAGCUUGCUUCUGGACAAAAACUGGGAGAGAAAUUAUCUGUUGAAAUUAUACCUGUUCCUUCAGAUGAUGGGCUCAACUCUUUUGAGAUAUGCCAUGGUGUGAAACCUUUAUCUGAUAUUGAAGCAGUAGCACGUCCGGGAAAAAUAGAGUGGUUUGACCCAUUAAACAGAUUACUGAAAAGUGGAAAUACAGUACAAAUUUGUCCUGAAAAUAUUGAUCUAACAACAUCAUCAAGAACUGCUAACCCUACAACAAAACUAACAAAUGUGAGGGUGCUAACUAAUAGAGUUGUUUCCAAUAGCUCUGAGGAAGAAAGCAUGAUGAAGAUAUCCGAAGGACACCACAGAAUUAACAGAGUAGUGCUUCAGCAAUCAGUUGGUGCAAAAGUCAAUGGCACUGAAACCACUCUUGCCAGCCAAUCUGCUCCAAAUAGUCUUGGCACAAAGCAUCUUGAAAUUAACGACAUGAAUUGCUCCAGUGAUCAGCUUCAAUCUGCCAAGGUUGCUGAUAGACAUUGUGAAGAAUUCAGUGGAGGUGACCAGUCAUGUCAUGACACCACAACUUCCUUGACUCAUGCUGCAAAGCCUGCCACACAAGCUGCGGGAGUGCAGAACGAAAGCACCGUUCCAAGAAAAUGUCCAAAGUUUCUACUCUCUGGGGUUCGUGUUGAUGAGCUAGAAAGGUUAGCCAAGGUGUCUAAGUUUUAUGAUCGUGAGGAGCUCCAGGAACAGUAGGGGAGGCAUCUACUUGUUGGAGAACAAUGAUGAUGGAGCAGGGGAAAUUGUUUGCUGAAGACGGCUCCAAUGUUCAUUUUCUGGACAAUUUGGAGAAAGAGGAAUGGCAUAAUUUUUGGAAGGCAUUUAACAUUUUCUCGUUAACCUUAAGAGUUUUUAUGUAAUCUGUACAUUUUGGGGUAAUAAAAAGUAGAACACUACACUUUGCAUAAAUAAUAUUUUUCUGAUGCUUAGUUACUAGUUGUCAUACACUAUGUUGCGCGGACUCUCCAAAAUACCGCCGCACCUGUGUCGGAUUCUCCAAAAAUACAUUGCUUUUGGAAAAUCCGACACGCACCCGGCGAUAUUUUCGGAGAGUUCGAGCAACAUAGGACUCAACAUAGCAGAGAAUGGAAGUUAGAAGAAGUUUAAAGAGAAUUAUGCGAAGAUUCAAAUUCUUUGGGAAGAAAGUCAUAUCUUCUGUCUUUUUCAUGGUGUGGUGCUUAAGCAUAGGCAUAAGAAUUUUUUCAAUAAUUUGUUCUAGAGUAAAUCUAGAGAAGUGUGCCGAUCAUUUGUGGUUGUCUAGGUGAGUUCACGUAAACGACAGAAAUUUUAAGGUUAAUUACUUUACUCUUUCUUGAUGGUUGAACAAGCUUUGUGUUGGUAUAAUAACGACAUAUCUGAUCUCUAUAGUAUUAUUUGUCAAGGCUUAGGGCUUUAAUCAUGACAUCUCUAUAAUUCAAUGUUGAGGUUGAGAUGACUUGACUCUCAAAAUGAGUGUCAGAUUCAUAAUUUAAUUUCUGAGAUUGUUAAUCAGUCCAUAAGUGUUGCUCAUAUAA